GCAGAAGUUUGUGAUACUGAUAAAGGCCGGGCUCUACGAGGAGAUAGUUCGGGUCCCGUUUAAUAAAACGAAUGUGGUGUUUGUAGGGGAAGGCAUGGGCAAAACUAUCAUUACUGGAGACUUGAAUGUGGGCAUUCAACUAAAAACCACCUACCACACUGCAACUGUUGGUGUUAAUGGAGACGGAUUCAUGGCAAAGAACCUGACGAUCAAGAACACGGCCGGCAUCGGAGCUCAUCAAGCAGUGGCCCUCCGGCUGGACAGUGAUCAUUCCAUCAUAGAAAGCUGCGAGUUCAUCGGCAAUCAAGACACUCUCUACGCCCACUCCCUUCGCCAGUACUACAAGGACUGCCACAUCCAAGGCAACGUCGACUUCAUCUUCGGAAACUCCGCCGCGGUCUUCCAGGACUGCACGAUCUCCGUCGCACCCAGGCAACAGCACCCGGAGAAGGCGGACAAGAACACCGUGACGGCCCACGCGAAGCUCAUCGCGGCUCAGACCACGGGCUUCGUCUUCCUCAACAGCAUAAUCAACGGGACGGAGGAUUUCAUGCAGUUUUAUGCCAAACAGCCCGAGCAGUUCGAAGGCAGCUGCUUUCUGGGAAGGCCGUGGAAGGAGUAUUCGAGGACGGUGUUUAUAGACUGUACGCUGGGGGAUCUUAUUUCUCGGGAGGGAUGGGAGAUCUGGGACGCCAACUCCACGUUGAGUAACCUUUACUAUGGGGAGGUGGGCAGCAAAAAUGCGGCCGGAAAAACUGUUGACACGACGAAGCGUGUUCCUUGGAGUAGCCAAAUCGACAGUAAAAAUGUGCCGUCCUUCUAUCCCCAGAAUUUCAUCCAAGCUAGUAAAUGGUUCUCCAACUCUUAAUUAGCUUCUUGAUUAUGAUCAAUUAUACAAUUCAAGUCCCGCCUGGGCUAUAUAUGUACUCUUAUCGUCACUUCAUAACUAAAAUUUCUCUUGUAAUUUUCUCUUGAUUACAAUUUCCUCCUUUUUCUACAUAAUAUACACUUCCCUCUUAUUUAGUUGUUGUAACAUUU